AUGACAGCGCCCGUACUCAAGAUCACGCCGGGCAUCCAGUCCUACGCGUGGGGAAAGAAGGGGUCGUCGAGUCUCGCGGCCCAGCUCGGCGAGAGGUGCAUCUCAGAUUUCAAGGUCGAUGAGGAGAAGACCUACGCCGAGUUGUGGAUGGGCACUCACCCCAAUCUUCCCUCUCGCCUCACCGCAUCCUCCUCAACCACCCUCUCUGAUGCGCUCUCAUCCAACCCAGCCCUCAUCGGCUCGGCCGUUGGCAAGGCGUUCCCAGACACCAAGGACGGGUCAUUGCCGUUCCUGUUCAAGGUGUUGAGCAUAGGCACAGCGUUGAGUAUUCAAGCGCAUCCGGACAAGCCACUGGCGGAGAGGCUGUUCAAGGAGCGACCGGACGUGUACAAGGACAACAAUCACAAGCCCGAGAUGGCUAUCGCCCUCACACCUUUCCUCGCCUUCCUCAACUUCCUCCCUCUCCCCAUGAUCCUCCUGCACCUCCUCUCGGUACCGGAACUCUCGGCGCUCGUCUCCUCAGACCUGGUCGACUCGCUCGCGUCAUCCCUCUCACUCCCUACUACUCGACCCCCUAACACUUCAGACUUCACAUCAGCCAAAUCCACCCCACCCACCUCGGACCAAAAGAAGCUUCUCCAGCAGAUCUUUGGUGCGUUCAUGUCUGCGCCCGAGGCCAAAGUGGAGUCCGCCAUUUCCAGCCUCGUGGCUCGGUACGGCGCAAAGAAGGACAUUGCGGAGAGCGAGAAGGAGCUGGUGGAUUUGGCUCUUAUGCUCAAUGAGCAAUACCCCGGGGACGUCGGCGUGCUCUGUGUCUUCCUGCUCAACGUGGUGCAGCUCAAGGAGGGCGAAGCUGCUUUCCUCGGCGCCAACAUGCCGCACGCAUACAUCUCUGGAGACAUCAUCGAGUGCAUGGCCACUUCCGACAAUGUCGUCCGCGCCGGUCUUACCCCUAAACUCCGCGACGUCGACACGCUCGUCUCGAUGUUGACAUAUGAAGCUGGACCGGGAUCCAAGCAGCUGCUCAGGCCCGAGACAUGGUCCCGCGACUCGGACGGCAAGAGUCAGCUAUACGACCCCCCAAUCGCCGAGUUCUCUGUGCUGCGGGUGGAAUUGCAGAAGGGGGAGAAAGCGGGGCAUGCGGCGGUAGACGGGCCGAGUCUGGUCGUGGUGACGGCUGGAAAGGGGAAGGUGCAGUGGCAGGGCAAGAAGAGCGGCUCAGAGGAGAUUGGGAAGGGGGACGUGCUGUUUGUUGGGGCGGGACAGGAGGUCAAAUGGGAGGGGGGCGAGGAGCUGGUGUUCUUCCGGGCGUACGUGGAGGCUCCCAAGGAGUAG